AUGGGCAGCGUCCCCCGGAAGGAACUUCAGGAGCAGGGGGAGAUCAGAGUCAUCCAGCUGGGCUUUGACCUGGACGCCCACGGGAUUGUUCUCACCGAGGACUACAGGACCAGAGUCCUCAAGGCCUGCGAUGGCCGGUCCUACGCUGGGGCCGUGCAGAAGUUUCUGGCUUUGGUGCUGCCAGCCUGUGGGGACCUUAGCUUCCAGCAGGACCAAAUGACGCAGACCUUUGGCUUCAGGGACACAGAGAUCACGCAGCUGGUCAACGCCGGAGUCCUCACCGUCCGAGAUGCCGGGAGUUGGUGGCUGGCUGUACCUGGAGCUGGGAGAUUCGUUAAGUAUUUUGUUAAAGGGCGCCAGGCUGUCCUUGGCAUGGUCCGGAAGGCCAAGUACCGGGAGCUACUCCUGUCGGAGCUCCUGGGCCGGCGGGCGCCUGCCUCGGUGAGACUCGGCCUUGCCUACCAUGUGCAUGACCUCAUCGGGGCCCAGCUGGUGGACUGUGUCUCUACCACUUCUGGAACCCUUCUGCGCCUGCCGGAGACGUGA